AUGAAGAACUUUAAUAUGUUGCUCUUGUUCAUUCUUCUUCUUUGUUCGCGUGAAUCCCAUGGCAGUAGUGUUGAUCACACUCAAGGUCACAUUCAAUUGGAUAACCGCAUGGGUUCCAUGCUCCCUCAAAUCACACCAGUUGGUGCUCCGCGAGGAUUGCAACCCUUUCUUCCUUAUAUUGCGCCUUCACCAUUGACUCCAUUCACCAAUAUUACCACCCCAAAGUUAUCAGGACUCUGCACUUUGAACUUCACCACUGCCAAACGUUUGCUAAGCAUGACGGCUAUUGAUUGCUGGGGAUUUUUUGCGCCUUUUCUGGCUAACGUAAUCUGCUGUCCGCAAUUGGAAGCCACUCUCACUGUUCUCAUCGGUCAAUCCAGUAAAUAUACCAACGUACUUGCCUUAAACGGGUCCGAUGCUAAACAUUGCCUUUCAGACGUGGAGCAAAUUCUAAUGGGGCAGGGUGCAAAUGGUGAUCUGAAGCAAAUAUGUUCAGUUAAUUCUUUGAAUCUCACGGAGGCAUCUUGCCCGGUAAAACACGUGAAUGAUUUUUACGACACGGUGAAUACUACUAAGCUGCUUAGUGCUUGUGAGAACAUUGAUCCCGUGAAAGAAUGCUGCUCCCAAUAUUGUCACAGUGCUAUAUUAGAAGCAGCUACAAAAAUUGCAUCAAAAGGUUCUAAUGUUUUGGACUCAGACACAUCACAUAUUCUACCUGAACACUCAAUUCGGGUCAAUGAUUGUAGAAAUAUAGUACUCCGGUGGAUAGCUAGUAAGCUUAAUCCGUCUCAUGGAAAGGAAGUUCUAAGAGGACUGUCUAAUUGCAAUAUCAACAAAGUUUGUCCACUUGUUUUGCCUGAUGCAAAGCAUGUUGCCCAGGGGUGCGGCAAUGGGAUAAGUAACAAAACAGCCUGCUGUGAUUCCAUGGAAAGCUACGUGUCUCACUUGCAGAAGCAGAGUUUCAUCACUAACUUGCAAGCUUUGGAUUGUGCCGAAACUUUGGCAAUGAAAUUAAAAAAGGCAAAAAUUGUCGAUGAUGUUUAUAGCCUUUGUCACAUAAGCCUUAAGGAUUUUUCACUCCAAGAAUAUGGUUGUCUAUUACCUAGUUCGCCUUCAGACGCUGUUUUCGACCAAACUUCUGGAGUUAGCUUCAUUUGUGAUCUAAAUGACAAUAUUCCAGCUCCCUGGCCUUCUACAUCCCAAGGAGCUACUUCAACACGGUGCAAUAAAUCAGCUGUCAUCAUACCUGCUCUUCCUGCUGCCGCUGCAUCUGGUCAAAGCUGUCUCUACAGUCACAACGUGCUGAUAUUCCUUCUUGUCAAUUUAUUCUUUCUCGUGAUGGCCCUCGUGUAA